CUAGUGGAGAUUCCCCAGUUUGCUGCAGGCAAGCAGGUUCUUUUGCACGGAGCUCCCAUUGAUUCGCCACUCAAGUAAGAGGAAGACACCAACAAAAACAGCAAUAGUUAGCUUGUUAGCCAGAUUAAUAUAUUUUUGCUGGUUAACGACAGCGCACAUUGGGUACAGUAACGUAUCAUUAAUGAGCUAGUCUACUCGUCUGUUUGUCAUACUGUGAGUUAGCUAGCCAGGUAAUGUUAUAAAGUAAUUUUUCACGACCGUGAAAACUGCCUGACCUGUUUACAUUUUGGACAGAUGUGGCUGGCAAGUUCGUCGUGGUGACACAGCCCAACAAUGUCAGGAAAUAUUAAAGAUAAAGAAGCUUUUCAGAGACUAAACUUUCUUUAUCAGGCAGCGCACUGCGUCUUGGCUCAGAACCCGGAGAACGUGGAGCUGGCACGCUUUUACUGCUUUACCCAGAAAACUAUUUCUAAGCGUCUGGUGUUGAGACAGGAUCCCUCAGUAAAAAGAACAUUAUGCAAGAAAUGCUACUCUGUGCUUGUGCCUGGAAUCACUGCAACUGUAAGACAGAGAAGGAGCAGAAAUCGGGAGUGUACGACACUGGUGAGGUGUGUCAGCUGUGGCCAGACCAAGAGAUUCCGUAACGAUCCACAUCACCGGCUCUGGGUGGACCAACCCGAGGCCCAACUGGAGAACCAAUCACGGCCAGAACGAGGGUGCUCCUCAACAGCAGCGCUAAAAGGGGCAGAAGCCGGCGGGCAUGCUACCUCACAGAAACCGGGCCAUGCCUCAAAGCCCAAGACUUGAUCGCUGCUGCCUUCCUGCAUUCUUCCAGAAACACAAGAAAAUGGGACGUGUACACAAAAAUAUCCCUGGUGCCAAUCAAGUACACCUUCCCAAACUACCACUGGAAGAAAAAAAGGCUCCAAGAAUCAAAGAACAUUCUAACAAUCCCGAAGGUGUUUUUGAAUGUAAAACACUAAAAUGCACAGGUGGUGGUGCGGGAAGCAUGGGAAUUUUUUGGGGGGGGGGGGGGGGGACUGAAUGAAGAGCACCCUCAUCCAGAAGAACUCAUAGGUUGUUAUUGAGGUUCAGUGACAAAUCAUGGAUUCUCUGUUGUAUUGUGGUGCUUUCAAAAAACCAGCCUGUAUUGACCUACCAGUGAAUUUUUGAGAGUGGAGAGAAAAUAUUAACUAUUUUGUUGGCCCUUUUUUAAGAGAAGGGGCAUUAACUGGGAAUGUACCAUAAUGAAACAUUUUUAUUAGAUCUGAGAACAAUUUUUUUUAGUUUGUUUACUGGUAUUAUUUACAGUACUACUGAUUGGUGUGGGUGCUGCCAGUCACAUGCACGCGUGGUUGAAGGACUGUUGGGACGUGUGGCGGGUAUUUGGUCUUCAAGACUCAGUCAGACGAUUCAGGCCUCUGAUGUAUGGUUUCCUUGGCUUUCAGCUCCAGUUCUCCAGUUCAGUGAAACAAUUUUCCGAAGCGAAGGAGCAUCUGGAACAUUUAUUUUUACUGUGAUUUACAAUGUAUAAAAUUGAUGAUAUACAAGAUUCACUAAUUGAUCAAUACACAAACAACAUUAAACAUGUGUCCAUGA